AUGGCAGGUAGCGGCGGCCUGGGCGGCGGGGCCGGGGGCGGCCAGGGCGCGGGGGCCGGGCAGGGGGCCGCGCUGCGGGUGCCGCGUGCGCCGCUGCUUCUCGCCGCGCUGGUGCUCGGCGCCUACUGCCUCUGCGCCCUCCCCGGCCGCUGCCCGCCGGCCGCCCGCGCUCCGGUGCCGGCGCCCGCGCCCGCUGAGCCGCUCCGCGCCGUCGGUCCCCGGGGGGCGCCGGGCCUGCCUGUGGCCAGCGGCCCGGGACGCCGGCGCUUCCCGCAGGCGCUCAUCGUGGGCGUGAAGAAGGGCGGCACGCGCGCCCUGCUGGAGUUCCUGCGGCUGCACCCCGACGUCCGCGCGCUCGGCUCUGAGCCCCACUUCUUCGACAGGUGCUACGAGCGCGGCCUCGCCUGGUACCGGAGCCUCAUGCCACGCACCCUGGACGGGCAGAUCACCCUGGAGAAGACCCCUAGCUACUUCGUGACUCGGGAGGCCCCCGGCCGCAUCCACGGCAUGUCCCCGGACACGAAGCUGAUCGUGGUGGUGCGGAACCCUGUGACGCGGGCCAUCUCCGACUACGCCCAGACGCUCUCCAAGACCCCGGGCCUGCCCAGUUUCCGUGCCCUGGCCUUCCGCCACGGCCUGGGCCCCGUGGACACGGCCUGGAGCGCCGUACGCAUCGGCCUGUACGCCCAGCACCUGACCAACUGGCUGCGGCUCUUUCCCCUGUCCCGCUUCCUGUUCGUCAGCGGGGAGCGCCUGGUCAGCGACCCGGCCGGGGAGGUGGGCCGCGUGCAGGACUUCCUGGGCCUCAAACGCGUGGUCACGGACAAGCACUUCUACUUCAACGCCACCAAGGGCUUCCCCUGCCUCAAGAAGGCCCAGGGGGGCAGCCGCCCCCGCUGCCUGGGCAAAUCCAAGGGCCGGCCCCACCCCCGCGUGCCCGAGGCUGUGGUCCGGCGCCUUCGGGACUUCUACCGGCCCUUCAACCGCAGGUUUUACCAGAUGACCGGCCAGGACUUUGGCUGGGACUGAGGAGGACGGGCCAGCCCGUGCCCGGCCCGGGGACCCUCGCUCACCUUGAUUUAUGCCGGCCGCCGGGCCGUGGAGCCUGCAGACAGAUGAUGGGUAGGGAAAAGUAUUUAAGGAAUAAAGCCUGGGUCUGUGUUCUUCCACAUAAUCUGGAAGGUGGCCAGACGGGGGGCUGGAGGUGCCACCGCCCAGGGAAACGCUAACCAUACCACCUGUCUCUACAGGGCACCGUUCGUAUGCCCGGAGUGGUCCAAAACCCAAUCCGUAGACAUCCCUUGGGGUGUGCAGUGAGCUUGGCCACAUGUCACACAUGAGCAACUGAGGCUCAGAGAGGUUUAGGGCCUGCCCAGUGACGCACAGCUCAGACUCUGGAGGCCCUCCUGUGCGCCCCGGGAUGCUGAGCUAUGCUGGAAUGUUGUCCCCGUGCGGCAGAUGAGGAAACUGAGGCUCCAGGUUGCCCACGUGAGGGCUGGGGGGGGAUGAGAGUUGGAUCUGGCCAACUCAGGGCUGCACCCAUGACUGCGGCUGAUUUCGUGUCUUAGUGCGCAUUGGAUGCUCCCUCCUGGGAAUCUGGUGAGGUUGCGUUACAGGGAGUGAGUGUGACGUGAGGACCAGCAGCGGGGUAUUGGUUUGAAGCGUCCCCAAGCCCCUGGGGACAGUGUGGCACCACCCACCACAACUCCCGCCCUCCAGACCCUGCCCGCUGGGGGGGACUUGCCCUCUCAGUGGGUUCCACCCACUCCCCCAGGCCCUGGAUGCCCCAGUUCUGCUGUGUUCCAGGAAGGGCUCCCGCCCUUGGGGGAUGGGCAGAGGUGAAUGCCCAUCUGGGGCCCAGCUGCCUGCUCAGGUCCUGACUUAGGCCAGGCUCGGGUGGGCUAGGCUGCCCUAUCCACCCCUCUGCCCCUGGGAAGGUGGGGGCCCCUUCCUAAUGACUGUCUCCUGCUCCUGGCCACAGUGUUGCUUGCCGGGUGCCCACAAA